AUGGCACGCAGCUAUCGCCUCGGCGACACCUGGUUCGUCGUGUCCUGCAACUGGUGGCAGCGCGUGGUGGAGCGCGGCGACUCGCGCAGUGACGACCGCAUCCGCAACGCCGACAUCGUGGACACGAAGCGCAGUUGCCGCUGCUGCAGUCGCUCCAUCCUGACGCCCGGACUGCUUGAAGACGUGGACUACCGACUGGUGAGCGAGCGCAUGUGGAGCGCGUUGUCCAUGGAGUUCGGCUACGACUGGGCCGUCCGUCGGGAGGUGGUGAACAUGGGUCGACGUCUGGCGGUGGACGUGUAUCCCGCCGGGCUGGAGGAGCGAGCGACUGGCCACGGCCACAUCCCGACGUCUGCGUCGGUUGACGCAUCGGCUGCAACGCCGCCGUCGUCCCCUGAGAAGGAGGAGAAGGACUUGUCGCCCGAAGCUCUGGAACACAAGUGGUACGAAGCCACGAUCGUGGGCAUCACCGAGGGCCAAGCCAAGGUGCACUACCGCGGCUGGAGCACCAAAUGGGACGAGUGGCUGGCCCGCACGUCGCCCAGACUCAUGCCACUGCACUCGAAGGUGCGCGAUUGGCGGCGCUUCCGCGUGAACGACGAGGUGCAGGUGGGUGAUGAGCGGCCGGGCAAGAAGCGCAUGCUCUGGCGCGACGCCCGGGUGCUGGCCACGGCCAAGUCGCUCAUGGUGCAGCUCCAGAUCGACAACGACGUGCGCUGGAUGGACGCGCAGGACGAGCGCCUCUGUCCUCCUGGGACCCAUCGAGCGGCCAACGCCGGCGUCACGUACCAAGACGCUGCGGCACUGUCGUCCCCAACAAGCGUCACUACAGUCGGCAGCAGCAGCGGCGGCGGCACCCCCACCAACCAACGCACACUGGCGAUGGCAUCGCUCGAGGCCGACGCGGAGGACGACAGAGGCGACGCGGGCGCGUCCUGGACGCUGCCGGACUGGGAGGAGUACAGCGACCGCGCCACCAGCAGCUUCGCCGGCGACUGGAGCGACGUGGAGGCCGACGUGAGCUUGGACACGGCCAGCAGCGUGGCCAGCACGGAGCACCAGCGCGUAUACCGCAUACAGCGCGCCAGAGGCGAGCUGAAGGACAUCCACUCGCUGUAUACACGGCGCCGGUUGGAGGAGAGCUCCCAGGGCGUCACUAGCGUCCGCGGCAGCGCCAAUUGGCUGCGACCGACGCCCUGUGCGUCUCCUCGAGCGCCGGAGGAGAAGCCGCUGACCCCAGUGACACAACAGAGAGAGAAGCAGGUGGAGAGGGAGCUCCUGGCCCAGCAGAGCGAGAUCAGCGCGGAGCUGCAGGCGGUGAGGCGGCAGCUGAGCGAGUUCCAGGACAAGUGGAAGAAGACGGUGGAGAGCAGAGCCGAUGACGAGAGCUCGGGGGCUCCGACGGUGGCGAGCUCGUGGUCGUCUCCACUUCCUAGGGAUAGAGGGAGGCAAAUGGUGGGGGAGACGGUGGCAGUUCAGACGGGGAGGGAUGAGAGGGAAGACGCAGUGAAGCAGUGGAUACUGCUGAUCACGCAGAAGCUCGAGACGCUGACGAGGAAAUACUCGCACGAGCCGACGAUUAGCUUUCAGGCGGCGAUGGCACACCUUGCUGGGCUUCAGAGCUCUGGCAAUGACGCAAAUGGCGUGUCAAAGGAGUCUGCGUCGAUUAAUGAAGCGGGUGUGCCCCUGGAGAUCGCUGAGCAGUUUCUGGCGCUGGAACAUGCUAUUGCGAGUAUGAGUGCUGCGGUUGAGGAGCAUGAGCGGCGUCAGAUGACCAACCUUGAUCGAGCUGUGCAGCAGGUGCAGGGAUAUCAUCACGAGCGCAUGCAGCGGGUGGUGGACGAGUCUCUUGUGGAGUUGAAGCUCAUUAGAGGAAGGUACAAGAAAAAGGAGGCACAGCUGGAGGACGAGCUACGCGCUGCGAAUAAAGAGAUCGAGCAGUGGAAGCAUACAGCAGCAGAGGCUGAACACCGGAAGAAACUGGACCGAGAAACUUUGGAAUUCCAGCUUUCAUCCGCGAAGGAACAGCACAGGGAUACCCAUGAGGUCAUUGCGCAAGCAAAGGAGGGAGCUAUCGCACUUGAGAGGCAAUGCCAGGCACUAAAGAAGCAACAGGAGCGUACGAAGGAACUGCACGACAGAGAGGUGCGAGUACUGCAAGACACAAUCCGACAGCUGCGUGAGGGAAGUGACGAAAUGGAAAUGCAGCACGCCAAGGAGAAGCAAGGACUAGCGGAUGCACUCAAAAAGCUGGAAUCAUUGCAGCAGACAGACAGAGAAGAGUUUGAAGCGCGAAUACGUGAUGAGGCCACACAGCGAGUGCUAGAGGAGCUUCUUCCUGAAAAGCUAGCAGAUUUGAAGAAGGACCAUGAAGAAGCUAUCAGCGCGAUGAAGGCCGAGCACAAGCGUCAGCUAGCACAAUUAGCUGAACAACUUGACGGGACAAAACACAUGACGCCACCGAGCGCGCCGCUCAUCAACGAGACGACACUGGUGACUGAUGAAGCAACGUUGGGCGCGCACGAGAUGUGGGAUUCCGCGUCGUUCACGUCCAUCGAUACGGUAGACGACCUGUCUUCGUUUGCUUCCCAGCGGACGACACCGCGCCAAAAGAUGCGAUCGACGCAGGAAAUUCUCACCCUGAGCGACGUGAGCCCGAUCCAGAAGUGA